AUUGUUAACAGUUGCGACUCGAAGCCAUGAGGUUGUGCGAGGCGCUACGUAAUGUUGACAAAUUCAGGACCGUGUUUGACUUUGGAGGACGGGAAGUGGCUCACUGGUUCCCCGGACAUAUGGCUAAAGGACUCAAGCAGAUGAAAGCCAACCUGAAGAAUGUGGACUGCAUUAUAGAAAUCCAUGAUGCCAGAAUCCCCUUCUCUGGAAGAAACCCUGUGUUUCAGGACACACUGAAUGUGAAACCACAUCUGCUUAUUCUCAACAAGAUGGACCUCACUGAUCUGUCUAACAAGCAGAGAAUCUUGAAGAAACUAGAAAAAGAUGGUAUAAAGAAUGUUCUCUUCACAGAUUGCUUAAAGCAAAGAGAUGACAACAUCAAAAAAUUGGUGCCAAUGGUGCUGGAAAUUGUUGCAAACAAACCACGUUUUAACAGAGAAGAGAAUACAGAUUACAGUCUGAUGGUGAUUGGAGUGCCCAAUGUGGGGAAGUCAUCCCUUAUUAACUCACUGCGGAGAACAAACUUGAAAAAAGGUCGUGCGUCGAGAGUGGGUGGGGAACCAGGAAUAACUAAAGCUGUCCUGACUAAGAUUCAAGUGUGUGAAAAACCCAUGAUGUACCUGCUGGACACACCAGGAGUAUUGCCUCCUAAGAUUGAGAGCGUAGAAACGGGCAUGAAGCUGGCUUUAUGUGGAACUAUACUUGACCAUUUAGUGGGAGAAGAUAUUAUUGCUGACUACUUACUUUAUUCUUUGAACAGGCUAGAGAAGUUCAGUUAUGUGACAAAAUAUGAUCUACAAGAGCCUAGUGAUGACAUCCAGCAUGUUCUCAAACGCAUUGCUGUAAAACUUGGAAAAACUCAACGGGUCAAAGCCAUCACUGGAGUGGGAAACAUCACUGUCACCAUCCCAAACUACACAGCAGCGGCUUACGACUUCAUAAGAGCAUUCAGGAAAGGAGAGCUGGGACAAGUAAUGCUGGACUGAUCUGAGACAUGUUUAAAUACUUCACAUCUAAAGCGUCAUUGAGAGAAUCUGUGUCAGCCCUGACAUGACACAGUGACCAUAUACCUGUAGCCUUUGUAAAUAAAAUAAUUUCAUUUAUC